AUGUCGACGUCAGGUACAAGUGAACCAUCCGUAGCCGCCCCGGAACAGCGGCCCCGGCCUAGCACGGUGCAGGAGCACCUAGCUGGCUCGUCUGAGUCAUGGCAUGGCAAGGUUAGCAGCAAGACAGGACCGUAUCAACCUCAAGCGGGGCGUUAUCAUCUGUAUGUUGGCUUGUUCUGUCCGUUUGCGCACCGGGUCAACAUCGUGAGACACCUCAAAGGGCUGACGGAGGCGAUUGACGUGAGCAUUGUCCGAGCGUAUCCCAAAGGCGACGCUAAGGGUUGGCCUGGCUGGCGCUUUCCCAAGGACGAAGCCGAAUAUCCUGGCAGCACGGUGGACAAGGUCUUUCGCAGCGAGUAUCUCCACCAAGUCUACUUCCGGGCGGAUCCAGACUACAAAGGCAGAUAUAGCGUGCCGGUGCUUUGGGACAUCGAAACGGGAACUAUGGUCAACAAUGAGAGCUUGGAAUUGAUGAGGGAUCUGCAGACGUCCUUCGAUGAGAUUCUGCCGCCGUCCUACGCACAGGUGACCUUGUACCCGGAGGCCCUCAGGGAUCGCAUCGACCAGGUCGCUGCUUGGGUGCAGAGGGAUCUGAAUACAGGAGUAUAUAAGGCUGGCUUUGCCGAGAGCCAAGAGGCCUAUGAUCAGAACAUCUUGCCCGUUUUCGCCGCCUUGAAUCGGUUGGAGAAGAUGAUUCACGACAAUGGCGGGCCGUAUAUCUUAGGCCAGGCAUUGACUGAGGUCGAUGUCAUGGUCUACGCGACCGUGAUCAGGUUCGAUGUCGUCUAUGUGCAGCAUUUCAAGGUCAAUCUAGGAACGAUCAGGCAUGAUUAUCCCCAGUUAUACAACUGGCUCAAGAACCUCUUCUGGAACGUCAAGGGCUUCCGAGAGACAACGGAUUUCAAACAUAUCAAGGAAAACUAUACCAAAAGUCACGGCGAUAUCAACCCGAGGGCCAUCACGCCUCGAGGUCCCUGGCCAGACAUCGAGUCGGGCUACGAGAGCAACUUGAAACAAGUCAGGAUUGGGGGUGUCUUGAUGCCAGAGGUGAUUGAGCUGGAGGCGAGUUUAGCUUAGCGGUUAUCUCUGCCUAAGUAGGCCGUCCUUUUGUGCUUUUAGCUCUCUGAGAAGACGCAAUGGACAAGGACGCAUGACCAAUUUGGUAAGUGGUUCUAGGGCAAACCACCCAAGCCAUACCAGGUCUGAAUCUCCUAAGCAAAUACCAAUCUUGAUCUUUGACCAGUGCUCUACUAUCAGCAAGGCAAGCGAAAUACAACCACAGUCUGGAAUAUCAAUUUUUUAGGGCGGUGUCCAUCGGAACAGAGUGAAUGGUUCCGAGGAGGGCCUGAAGAGCGCUUAUGUCAACCCGUGCUGCGUCUUCUGCAGGCUGCUUGAGGAGGGAUGCAUAGUGGAGUGCAGAUCGGCGGUGAGGGCUUCUGGGAGCCCCUCUAGUGGAC